GUGUCAAAAGCCUAGUGACAAAAUAUUGUAACAAUUUCUGCUUUUUUAUAUUAUGGGUGACGAAAAUUUAAAUUCUCGUAAGAAAUGUGAAGAACAUAAAUAUAAUGUAGUAAUAAUUGGUGGCGGUAUGGCAGGACUAGCCGCCGCUAAUCAUUUUUUGAAGAAUGGCAUGGAAGACUUUAUAAUAUUGGAAGCCCGAAAACGCAUCGGUGGACGGAUUAUCGGGAUACCAUUAAAAAAUCAUCAUGUUGAACUGGGCGCGAACUAUAUACAUGGUGUUUUAGGAAAUCCCAUAUAUGAAUUGGCCAUGGCAAAUGGGUUAAUAAAUAUAAUCAAUAUACCCAAACCUCAUAAGGUUAUCGCUGCUACAGAAGACGGUAAGCAGGUGCCUUUUGGUGUGUUACAUGAAAUUCACGAAGCUUAUGUUUGUUUUUUAAGACGUUGUGAGGAAUAUUUUUUAUGUCAAUAUCUUCCACCCCCUGACAUAAAUAGUGUUGGUGAACAUAUAAAUUUAGAAGCAGCCAUCUAUCUUGAACGUCUACCAAACUCUGAGGAGAAAAAAUUGAGAAGAUUAAUAUUUGACUGUUUGCUGAGACGUGAGACUUGUAUUUCUGGAUGCAACUCAAUGGAUGACAUAGAUUUAUUAGAAUUAGGAAGUUACACUGAAUUACAGGGUGGAAACAUUGUUAUACCAUCUGGUUUUAGUAAAAUUUUAGGUCCGAUGACAAAAAAUAUUAAACCCGAACAAAUUUUGUCCAAUCAUCCAGUGGAAACUAUUAUAUGGGACUCAGAGAGACAUAGUAGUAUGAGAAAUACAGAUGAUGUUGGGGAGGAAUCAGAGGACUCCGAUAAAACUGUGAUAGAAGAUAUCUCAAGAGUAUCAACAUCAGAGCGAGCUGGUGAUUCGGCGGAGAGUAAACUUAGUAAUCAAGAGAAAUUCAAUAGUAAACACACAGGUGUCCAAGUGAUGUGUGAAAAUGGACAAAAAUUCUUUGCUGACCAUGUGAUAUGUACAAUACCAUUGGGUGUCCUUAAAAGCAAGGCUAACACGUUAUUUCAACCUUCAUUACCCCAGUAUAAAUUAGAGUCAAUAGACAGACUAUUAUUUGGUGCUGUAGAUAAAAUUUUUCUAGAAUACGAGAGGCCAUUCCUUAAUCCGGACAUAACGGAAAUUAUGUUACUCUGGGAUAACACAACUUCGGAAGACAUGUCAAAAUCGUGGUAUAAAAAAAUCUAUUCAUUUGUUAAGGUCACAGAGACGCUACUGUUAGGUUGGGUGUCCGGAAAGGAAGCAGAAUAUUUGGAAACAUUAUCCAUGGAGGAAGUGGGAUCUACUUGUACAAUGAUAUUGAGGAAAUUCUUAAAUGAUCCAUUUGUUCCUGAACCUCAAACCUGCGUAUGUACUAAUUGGAAAAAGCAGCCUUAUACACAAGGUUCCUAUACAGCGAUUGCAGUAGGAGCUAGUCAAAGUGACAUUGAAAGUUUGUCACAGCCUUUAUUUAGAAAUGUUCAUGAUAAAAAGCCUGUAGUGCUUUUUGCCGGAGAACACACACACAGUAGCUUCUACUCAACGGUCCAUGGUGCAUACCUAUCUGGUCAAAUUGCAGCCCGACGACUUCUAGCUCCUGAUAUAGAAGAGAACAUUCUAGACUGCCCUCAAUCCAACGACCUUAACACAUGGAUUCAAGGUAUACAGUUAGAUGGAUAAUAAUGAUUAAUGGACUUUGAAUAUAUAUCACAAGUAGGGUUAUUGAACCUUUCAUCCCAAUACAAGAUCUGUUCGAUUUGUAACAGUAUGCAAUAAGAUUAAACAUCUAUGAAAUAAAAUAUACUAAUAGUUAUAUAAAUUUUAUUUAUUACUUGCAAUUACAUGACAUAAAGUUAUAAUAUUUGGUGAAUUUACCAAAUGAUAUGACUUUUCUGGAUAAAUUUUUGCUUCUGUUGUUGAUAUGAAAUUAUUGUUAUUGUCAUUUAUGAACUUUCUCAUUAUAGGUCAUUAAAUAUUGAAUAGUUUUUAAAUCAGAUACAAAUGUUACUUGGCUUGAUUAAAAUUUUAUUGUGUUAAAGUCAAUGAAGGCUAUUCAGUUAUACCUUAUUGUUGAUCCAAAUUUAUUUUAUUAUAACGCAUGACAUAAUAUUAUAUUGUUUUGUACAAAAUGUAUAUAAAUAUUUAAUAUGCUUUAAAUUUAAGAUGUGUUACCACAAAAAUAUUGUCUUUCACACAAAUGCAUUUUUAGAUGUAGCAGUAUUAGUGUAGGUUAAGUAUGGAUGAAAUAGUUUUUUUCUUAGAUUUUUGCCUUAAUCUAAUAAAUAUAAAACCUUAUUGUUGAUAAAGAUACCAAAAGACGUUAGCUUUUAAAUCUGUGUACUCAUUAUUAUUUUUUUAUUCACCAUCUGUAUUAGCCGUUAAUGUAAUCAUGUCAAAUAUAGCAUGUAUUUAUAGCUGCUGUUAAUUAAUAAUUAAAAAAAAAAAACAUACUUAUUACAUUGCUAUAGCUUCUAAAGUUAUGUCUUUCACUAUUAACUGUUAUGUUAUCUGUUUGGGGUUUAAUAUAUAUGUUGACUUGGCAAUUAAUUUUUAAUGUAUCCUAACUUGAAAUUCUUAAUAUGAUUCUAGAUUAACUUCUCCGUAAAUUCAUAGAAAAGAAAAUAUAAAUUUGGUGUAUGACAAAAAAAAAAAGUUUUUUUUUUUAAAUAUUUAUAGCCUUACACCUAUUUAAAUAGACAUUCUGAACUCGUCAUACUUAAUCUUGCGGGAUUUUUUUUUAUUUUGCUUUUUUGCCAAAAAUUGUGUUAAUUUAUUUGAAUGUGCGACAAUCUGUGGGUAUUCCAUAAUGAGAUAAUGUUACUAUGCAAUAAAAGGUUUUGAACUUUAUUAUCAAACAAGCCUUUUGAUUUUCUAGUCAAAGUAGGAUUUUGUAUUUGUAUCGCUUAAAUAAAUCAUUGAAAUGUUUAA